AUGAACCCGUCUCCCGAUGACGGCGUACAUGGUGGCAUAACUGGCUCCGAACUCUUCCUUUUUCACGAUCAUCGAGCAGCACGUGGGGAUCAGGGAGUAGAUCCCGCCAUAGAACGUGCCGUACAGGAUGCUGUAGGUGUACAUGGCGCCAGUGCUGCUUUUGAAGGGCAUCCAAACGACAAAAUUGAAGACUGCAGUAAUGACCAAGAGACAAAUAAUAAUGUUAUAGCUGCCGAAAAGGACGUCCGCAAGAAGGCCGCUCAGAAGUCUGCCCACAACUGCGCCAAUAUUGAUCACAGUGACAAACAAAUAUGCCUGGCUCGAGGAAAACCCGUUUUUGAUGCACACGAACGAGAAGAGCGACGACGUCACCAGGACCGUUCCUUCGGCAAAGACACAGCCCAGAACGCAGAACAGAAACUUGCGGUCGUCGCGCAGCGCUCUGAAGUUGAGCGACUUGGUGAGGUAGUAUAUCACCGUGUCCUUUCUGGACAUUUUUUCUGUCUCCACGACUCUUCUCUCUUUGACCAGAAAAAUGGAGAUCAACAGACACAAAAACGCGAUCAGAGCGAGCAGUCGCAUGGACCAGGCAAACCCAACACUCACGUAUGUCUUUCUCAGCAUGGUGGGGAAUAUCAGGCCGCCCACACAGCCGCCGUUGCCGGCAACAGCCAUGGCGGUGGCUCUUUUCUUGGCAGGAAAGUACUGCGAGACAGCCCCCAUUAG